AUGGCGUACCCCGGGCAGGGCGGUCACCACUAUCAGUCGACGCACGGCGGCGGCGGCGGCGGAGGCGGUGGAUACGGACAGCAAGGAUACGGCUACGGUGCACCUCCGCCCCAGCAGGGAGGUUACGGGGGCGGAUACGGCGGUCCUCCCAUGCAGCCUCCCCCUGGUGGUCCUCAGGGGCAAAUGGGCUACGGCUACGCUCCGCAAUCCGGCGGCCAAGUUGGCCCGCCCGAGUAUGCCUCGAGUCACGUCAAUUACAACCCUCAGGGUGGUAUGAUGGGCAACCAGCGUUACGAGUACUCGUCGAUGCAGGGCAAGCGCAAGGCUCUGCUCAUCGGCAUCAACUACUUUGGUCAGAACGGCGAGCUUCGAGGAUGCAUCAACGACGUGCGCAACGUGCAAAACUUCUUGAGGCAGCGCGGAUACAAGGACGACGACAUGGUGGUACUGACUGACGACCAGCGGGAUGGACGCAGCAUUCCGACGAGGCAAAACAUGACGGCGGCCAUGCACUGGCUGGUACGCGGAGCGUCACCAGGCGAUGCGCUCUUCUUCCACUACAGCGGUCACGGUGGCCAGGCGAAAGCUUCUCAAGGCGACGAGGCGGACGGAUACAACGAGACCAUCAUCCCUGUCGACUACCAGCAAGCGGGUCAGAUGGAGGACGACGAAUUGCACGCUAUCAUGGUUCGCCCACUACCCGUGGGAUGCCGUCUCACAGCCAUCUUUGAUUCGUGUCACUCUGGAACGGCGCUCGACUUGCCUUACGUCUACUCCACCUCGGGCAACAUCAAGGAGCCCAAUGUCAUUGCCGGUGUGGGCAAGGGUCUGAUGGGCGCUGCGAUGAACUACGCACGCGGUGAUGUGAUGGGCAUGGCCAAGGGACUCUUCUCCACAUUCACCUCGGCGAAGAACACCAACGGCGCCGAAGACAUCACCAAGCAGACGCGAUCGAGCGGUGCCGACGUGGUGAUGCUGAGUGGCUGCAAGGAUGCACAGACGAGUGCGGACGCUACCGAGGCGGGCAAGGCGACGGGCGCGUGCUCGUUUGCCUUCCUGUCGGUGAUGAACCAGUACCAGCAGUUGACGUACAAGCAGAUGCUCAACGCGGUGCGCGACGUGCUGGCGAGCAAGUACAGCCAGAAGCCGCAGCUGAGUUCGUCGCAUCCCAUCGACAUGGACCUCCUUUUCGUCGUUUGA